AUGGAGUCCGCAGGCCUUCGCUCCGUUCGCGUUCACUCCAAAGACGCCAACCAAGGCGGUCAAAAGCGCAAGGCAUCCGAUAUCCGAGAUUUGAAUGAACCAGUGCAGAAGAAGCAGAAGGUUUCUAGCCGUUCCCGGGCCCUGCCUAAGACAAAGAAGGCAUUGAAACUUGAUAACAAAUCUCUGCAAGCCGAACCCCUCGCCCGUCCAGCUGGCGAAACGCCGGCUUAUUCAAAUUCCCGUGCUGCGAUUUGUGACAGCCUCGUAUUUUACAAGUCGCACCAAUCAGGUGUCCAUUCAAAACAGAAAGCUUGUACUGCAACUGGUGUACUUCUCAAUGGAAAGACGACACCUCGUGACGUUCUCCAAAGCCAGGUAAUCGUUACUACAAUUGGAGGAGGCUUCAGUAAUGAUAAGGAUGGCCGAUACGUCCGAACUAAGAAUCAGUCGGCUACCUCUAAGAAUUACACAUACCUCGAAAAUGCAAUGAACAAGGGCCAGCCAGUUGGGGUUGUCAUUGGAAAGCAAGCUCAAGGGAAAAAGCGUUAUGCCAAUAACCUUGUAUCAAUAGAACUAGAACACCAUUUCAAUGUUCUAGACUGGUUCUUUGUCACAGAGAUAUGGCCUGAGCCCCAGCCUACUCAGUCGGAUGGAACAAGCUUCAUCCAUUAUAUGAUACGACUGCAGAAGAUUGAUCUGAGUUCCAUAUCGUGGUGGAUGCCACAGGGUCAAGAAAGGAACGGCAUGUUUGCUGUUGGCCAAUUCCAUUGCCGUACCUCCACAUGCGAAUCAUGUAACACAGAGAGCAAGGAAAUCUUCCAAGAAGGGUGGUGCUGUCGAACCAUGAAUUGCCCCAACUUCUUUCGCUUUCAGCAUCCUGGCGUUGACGCCGAUGCUCUCCAGUAUAAUGACAACUUCUUGAAUGAAAGAGCAACAAGAGACCCAACAGUCGAAGUUGGACCUCUAAUUCCGGAGCUUCCAGUACUUAAGCCAGAAUGUUACGGAUCGGAAAAGGAAUUCAAAAAUGGCAUUGUGUGUCCUGACUGCAAGUCUGCAACCCAGCGAAAGUCUUGGGAUGGUUGGACAUGUGACAAGUGCGGUUUUCAACUAUUAAUGAUUCCCAAAGACGUUGAGAUGUUGAAGGUACAUGAAGAAACCAACCGGGCUUUUGGGAUACACAAGAAUAAGUUCUAUUCGGUUGACACCAGAAUUCUUCGCAGACAGCAUACGGUUCCGGGCUACGAAGUAACCAGCUUCUAUCUUCCAAACGAUCCCAAGAACCAUGGCGAGGCGAGAUUCAUCGGCUCAGUUUCGGUGUUUCGGCCAUCCAAAUCUGCAUUAGAGCGUCAGGAAGGUUUAGAUAGCCUAUUCCAGGAAAUACAGAAAGCAACACGAGUGGGAGAUGUUAAGUUGCAACGUCGCCCUGCGUUCUGCCCAGGCUCCCAUAUGGAAGAACUCACUUCGCACUUUGCGUGCAAUAUGGGAGCUGAUUAUAAGUUUGGCGUGGUUGUGAAAACAUCUAAUAGCUUUGAAACAGCGCCUCCUCCGAUUAUGAAGGCUGUGAGUCGUCUAACAUGGUGUGGCGCAAAAGCAGUUGAGUUGGUUUCGAGCUGCGCUUCUAAAAGCCGUCUUUCUGUUGAUUCGACUUCAAUGCCCAAUAAAUUCAUUGACUUCAACGAGGAACUCAUCCUUGGCUACUUCGAGGAGUCAAAGAUAAGCUAUCAUGAUGAUGGAGAGAAAGAACUGGGGCCAACGGUCGCAACAUUAUCCCUUGGCUCUCCUUCCAUCAUGAGUUUCCGUGGUAAGAAAAAGACUGGAUUCGGGACCGAGGACAAGGCAAGUCCUGCCUUGUUAUCAUUCAUUGUUGAGCACGGCGAUGCUGUGAUUAUGCAUGGCACUAGGAUCCACCAGUACUUCGAGCAUCAAGUUGUCGCUGCCGGAAUUCGUCGGUUUGGGCUGACGUGUCGUUACAUUCGCCCAGAGAUGAUUGCAGAUCCGGACAGGCGUCAGCUGGCCAUUGAGAAUGGCAAGGUGCCUCUGUAUUGGCAGAAGCAGGCGUACACAGGUGAACCUGCGUAG